CUCCCACCUCCAGGCCCACAGGGGUAAGCGAUGAACAAACUGCGGCAGAGCCUCCGGCGCAAGAAACCAGCCUAUGUCCCAGAGGCGAGCCGCCCCCACCAGUGGCAGGCCGAUGAAGAGGCGGUGCGCAAGGGACGCUGCAGCUUCCCGGUGCGGUACCUGGGCUAUGUGGAAGUGGAGGAGUCUCGAGGAAUGCACGUGUGCGAAGAGGCGGUGAAGAAGCUGAAAGUGAGCGGCCGCAAAUCCGUGAAGUCCGUGCUCUGGGUCUCGGCUGAUGGGUUGCGUGUGGUGGAUGACAAGACCAAGGACCUGAUUGUAGACCAGACCAUUGAGAAGGUUUCCUUCUGUGCUCCGGAUCGCAACUUCGAUAAAGCCUUUUCCUACAUUUGCCGGGACGGCACCACCCGCCGCUGGAUCUGCCAUAGCUUCCUGGCCCUGAAGGACUCGGGGGAACGCCUGAGCCACGCCGUGGGCUGCGCCUUUGCUGCCUGCCUGGAACGCAAGCAGAAGCGAGAGAAGGAAUGCGGGGUGACCGCCUCGUUCGAUGCCAGCCGCACCAGUUUUGCACGGGAGGGCUCUUUCCGACUGCCCGGCCCCCCGGCCUCCACUGCCCGUCCCUCAGGAGCACGGCCCCCCCAGGACAGGAAAAAAG